UCGUGGGUUGACGAGGGCCGCCCAGCCAUGUUGAGGAGUCUGUCAAGCAAACUGCAGCCCGCCAUUGUGUAGAAACCAGGCUCUAUAGAGAGAUAGGGGCGCUUGGGUGAAACUCUUCAAUAGCUAGACCAAUUCUGCACCCUUACGCUUUUAUUUAGGAGUAAAUACAGUUACACAGACUCCGGGGGGGAAAGACAUGUCAGCCAGCAGCCUUCUUGAACAGAGACCGAAAGGCCAAGCUAAUAAAGUGCAAAACGGAGCUGUGACCCAAAAGGAUACCUUGAAUGACGAUGAGUUUGAGCCUUACCUGAAUACUCAGGCCAGACAGAGCAAUGCCUAUACGGCCAUGUCGGACUCGUACAUGCCCAGCUACUACAGCCCCUCCAUAGGAUUUUCCUACUCCUUAAAUGAGGCAGCAUGGUCCACAGGUGGGGACCCUCCUAUGCCUUACCUGGCCUCCUAUGGACAGUUGAGCAAUGGGGAGCCCCACUACCUCCCGGACGCUAUGUUUGGCCAGCCAGGCCCCCUGGGGAGCAAUCCUUUCCUUGGCCAGCACGGUUUCAACUUCUUCCCCAGUGGCAUCGACUUCUCGGCAUGGGGCAAUAACAGCUCUCAGGGACAGUCGGGGACACCGCAGAGCUCUGGCUACAGCAGCAGCUAUGCCUAUGCUCCCAGCUCACUUGGGGGUGCCAUGAUCGAUGGACAGUCCCCAUUUGCACCUGCUGCCAAUGAGCCCCUGAACAAGGCACCUGGUAUGAACAGCCUUGACCAGGGCAUGGCAGGGCUCAAGAUCGGUGGUGCCGCUCCUGGUGGUAAUGGGGACAUGGCUCCUAAGGUGGUUGGCUCUGGUUUACCUGGUGGGGGUCCCCUUGGCCCUGUAUCAUCUGUAGGACCUCCCAGCAUGCCUCCUGUCUCAAUUGCCCCUGCCAAGCCCGCCUCCUGGGCCGAUAUUGCCAGCAAGCCAGCCAAGCCUCAACCCAAGCUGAAAACCAAGGGUGGCAUGGCCGGUGCCAAUUUGCCUCCUCCGCCCAUUAAACACAACAUGGACAUCGGCACUUGGGACAACAAGGGCAACAUGCCUAAAGCUGCCACCCCACAGCAGGUGCCCCCUAUUCCCAGCAACGGGCAGCCGCCCAAUCAGGCUUCCCCACAGCCAGGAGCUACUGCUGUAGGGAACCCACAAAUGCCCCUCAGCAAUGGACAGCUGGUACUUCCUGUUUCCCAGAUGGGGCAGCAUCAGCUUCCACCCAGUGGGCAACCAGGUAUGGGUCAGAUGCCCCAGCCUCCUCUUUCCCAGGGUCCUCCUCCCAGCCAACAGCAACCAUCUCAACCUACUCGUUGGGUCCCUCCACGGAACCGGGCCAAUGGAUUUGGGGAUGGCAGUGGGAGUGGUACAGGCCAGUCACCUCCCACUUCGUCUGGUGUGGGUGUGGUUCCGGGAGUCUCCUCUGAGCCUCACCCAGUCUUAGAGAAGUUGCGCAUGGUCAACAAUUAUAACCCCAAGGACUUUGACUGGAAUCCCAAGCAGGGUAGAGUGUUUAUCAUCAAGAGCUACUCAGAGGAUGACAUCCACCGCUCCAUCAAGUAUAACAUCUGGUGCAGCACGGAGCAUGGCAACAAAAGGCUUGAUGCAGCUUACCGUUCAUUGGGUGGCAAAGGGCCGCUUUAUCUUCUGUUCAGUGUCAAUGGGAGUGGUCACUUCUGUGGCGUAGCAGAGAUGCGCUCACCCGUGGACUAUAACACGUCUGCUGGCGUGUGGUCACAGGACAAGUGGAAGGGUCGUUUUGAUGUGCGCUGGAUCUUUGUUAAGGACGUUCCCAACAGUCAGCUACGGCACAUUCGACUAGAGAACAACGAAAACAAGCCAGUGACCAACUCUCGGGACACACAGGAGGUACCACUGGACAAGGCCAGGCAGGUGCUAAAGAUCAUCGCUGGAUAUAAACACACCACUUCCAUCUUCGAUGACUUUUCUCACUACGAGAAGCGUCAGGAGGAGGAAGAGUGUGUGAAAAAGGUGGAGGUCCAAGGCAGUGAGCCAUAUCCCAGCAACCCAAGCAACAGGAGUCAUUACAGGCUGCAGGAGCGCCAAGGACGAGUCAAGUAACAGUUGGUGCUUUGGUCAAAAGACUGCAAUGCCCCCCUCCCCUCCCC